AUGGCUUCUGCUCUGAAAGUUGACAAAGUCGAUCGACCAGAAUUAGCUAAACAUGAUUCGUCGAUUUUGGAUCUUGUUUUUAUCAUGGAUUGUACGGGUUCAAUGGGAUCGUAUAUUGCCAGCGCCACGAGUAGUAUUCGUGCGAUUGUUGAAGAAAUCGUUGUUAGUGAAAAGAGUGAUAUUCACUUAGCUCUUAUCGAAUAUCGUGAUCAUCCUCCACAAGACCACACAUUUGUCACGCGUACACAUGAUUUCACAGCAAAAGUUAAUGAAAUGAAAGGCUGGUUGGAACAAUGUUCGGCACAAGGUGGUGGUGACGGACCUGAAGCUGUCGCAGAUGGUCUUCAUGACGCUUUAAAAUUAUCAUGGCGUGAAAACGCUACAAAAAUUUGCGUACUGAUUUCUGAUGCACCACCUCACGGACUUGACACAAAUGGAGAUGGUUUUCCAAAUGGUUGUCCAGCUGGUCUUGAUCCUUUGAGAAUCGUUCGAGAAAUGGCUGAAAAACACAUCACACUUUACGUCGUCGGUGUUGAGCCACCUAUUGUUCCCUACCGCGACUUUUUCAUGUCAUUAGCUUAUAUCACCGGUGGUCAAUAUGUGCCUAUGGUGAAUGCAAAACUUCUUGCUAAAGUCAUCAUCGGUGGUGUGCGCGAAGAAAUAUCACUUGAUCGUUUGAUGCAAGAUGCUCAAGCUGAUAUCGAUCGUGAAAUGCAACGAGCCGAAGCGGAAGGUGUUGAUGAUACUGAAAAAGCGAAACGAAUCAAUAACAUAUUCGCUUCGAAAAAUAUUCGUGCAAAACAAAUGAAAAACGAACAUGGUGCAAUGUCAACCGUCGCCAAAGAAUCCUAUUCUAAAUGUGCUGAUAUGAGCGAAAUGAAAAUGAAAUUUUCAUCUACACCAGCGGCCGCUGCAAGUUAUUCAGCCGCAAGUGCAAUGCCAGCUGCUGCAGCAACUUACGAUCUCAUGGAUGACGCAGUCAAUGAAGAACAAUCGUCACGUAUGUUCCAAAAAUGGCAAAAUCGUAAAAAAUAA